UAAUUAUGUGAGGAAGAUGUCAGUGUAACUUCCAUUCACACUUGGCUAAAUGUGCUUUCUGAAAAGCUAAGCUAAUCUGUCAGAAUGAGUUCAUUCCCUGGUCGAAUGAGGGAGUAUCCUACUAUCUCCAUUGAUCGAUUUGACAAGGAGAAUUUACACGCCAGAGCUUAUUUUCUUUCUCACUGUCAUAAAGGUAUGUGACGUUUUCUUUACAGCAUUAAAUACUUCUAUACAAACUAAAUGAGCAUCUUAUAACUGUAAUGUGAAUGUCUUACAGAUCAUAUGAAAGGACUAAAAGGACCUUUACUGAAAAGGAAACUAAAGUUUAGCUUAACUGUCAAGUUGUACUGUUCGAUUGUCACAAAAGAGCUUCUACUGAGUAAUCCAAAAUACAUCCACUGGGAAGACCACAUUGCUACCCUUGAAUUGGACAGUCCAACACACAUCUCACUAAUUGAUGAAACCACAGGGGAGUCAGAGGAUGUUGUUGUGACAUUGCUAACAGCUGGUCAUUGCCCUGGAUCAGUCAUGUUCCUAUUUGAGGGAACUCGGGGCACAGUGCUGUACACUGGAGACUUUCGGCUAGCUACUGGAGAUGCAGCAAGAAUAGAGCACCUGCACUCUGGUGACAGAGUAAAAAACAUUCAGAGUGUGUAUAUUGACAGCACAUUUUACGACCCCAGAUUUUAUCAGAUUCCAAGCAGGGAGUCUUGCUUAGCUGGUAUCAGAAAGCUGGUUCAGGAUUGGAUUUGUCUGAGUCCAUAUCAUGUAGUUUGGUUAAACUGCAAAGCAGCAUAUGGUUAUGAAUACCUCUUUACCAACUUGGGAGAGGAAUUCAAUUUACAGGUCCAUGUCAACAGUUUGUUUAUGUACAGGAAAAUGCCAGAGAUCCUGUGUCAUGUGACAGCUGACAGAGCUACACAGAUCCAUGCCUGCAGACACCCCAAGGAUGAUGAGCUAUUCAGGGCGAACAGGCUGCCAUGUGGCUCUGCAGCUCCGGAUGGCACACCACUUCGCAUUAUUAGCAUCAAACCUUCCACCAUGUGGUUUGGGGAACGAACCAGAAAGACAAAUGUUAUUGUCAGGAUGGGUGGAAGCUCUUACAGGGCAUGUUUCUCAUUCCAUUCUUCAUACUCGGAGAUUAAAGAUUUUCUCUCCUACAUCAGUCCUGUUCACAUUUACCCUAAUGUGAUUCCACUGGGCCGAACAGUGGAGGAAGUGAGUGAAUUGUUGAAGCUGAUGUGCAGGAAAAAAUCUGAAAAUGAGGUUGCAUAUAAGCCUCUGGGAAAGCUAAAACGAACCAAAACAAAGAGCAUGUCACAAGGUUCAGAAAGUGAAGAUGAGUUGUUUGACGGGGUUGCCAUGGUGCCUAGGAGAAAGAAGCUUGCUGUGAAUGAAAUAAAAGAGCAUCAUAGUCUGGAAAUAUCAGAUCAUGAUGAAAAAGACUGUAAAAUUCAACAAGAGCUUGAACCUAUUGUCCGGACAUCCAACUAUAUGGAUUGCACAGAGUCCAAUGAUGAUAAUGAUGGCGAUGAAGCUGAAGAGAAGGAACUUUCAAAUCCAGAGCCAGCUGGUGAUGCCCUAGCUACCCCAUCUUGCUUCCAGUCAGAUACAUCCUCCUCAGGAAUUCCCCCACCCGUUUGUGUUUCACAAGUGCCCUCUCCAAAGCGGGCUCCCCCCACCUGGUCUAGAUUUUUCAAAGCAGAACCAGUUCUAACUGAUGAGAGUGGGGACCUGGAAAACAGUCAGAACAGCCAGACUCUGUCCUCUGAAUAUAGAACAUCCCAGUCGCCAGAGCUCUUCGACGAUGAUGAGUCAGGUCACUUGACUUCAUCUCAAUCAACACAUGUAUCAGAUGCAGGUAUGGAGAGCCAACUGGACACAGUGCCAGUUCAGGCAGAGCUCAGCAGUGACACCCUAAUGAGCAAACAAUGUACCAGGCACCGUUUUCACACAUCAACAGAAACAAAGCAAGCUUUAACUGACGAUUGCAAGCACCAAGCUGAUGGAGCUGAACACACAGAACCGCUGUCAGACUCACAGGUUUCAUCUGAUUUUGACCUGCCACAAACACCGGGUUCCAAGGCCCCACAAUCUGACGAACUGAACGAGCUGUACAAGAAGUUGGCAGCUGGGGAAGAAGUUCUUACCAAAAAUGUUCAGCAUAAAUCAGUCUAACUAAAGAUUAGACUUUAGGAAUUUAGAUUUAGGAAUUUAGAUUUAGGGAAAAAAAAAAAAAAAUGCCUUGUGAACAGCUUUAAA